AUGAACGGAGGAGGAGGAGAUGGUGGUGGUGGUAGAAGAAUCUCUCGGCCACCGUCUAAAGAUUUAAGGGAGAGAGAUGAAGAUCUUCUUCUGUUUCGAGAGAUGCAGAAACGUGAAAAAGAACCAAUUAUUAGUCUUCUUCAGCCUGUUUCUGAUGAGUUUGAGGCAAAUGGAAACUAUGCACUCUACAGAAUGGCUUCUGCAAAGAAAGGAUCAGGACAAGAGUUUCUCACUGAAAGUGAGAAAAAUGAUUACGACUGGCUAAAAACCCCACCUGCGACACCUCUUUUUCCAUCCCUAGAGAUGGAAUCAAAUGCUCCAGAAAUGGUCAUCCAACGGGAGAUACCAAUACUCAUUCCUCUUUCAAGGUUUGCAGGCAUUGCAGAGGCAGCAAAGCCAACCAACAAAAUCUCCAGAUCUCCAAAACCGAAAGUUCCCCUUAGAUCGGUAACGCCGAGUGGGAGGCCGAGUAUUCCCUUAACCGAAAAAAAAAACACGAAACAAGCACCAAUAACCAACCCGAAAACGAACCAUUUGAGCAGUACUGAUCCAAUCAAAAAAUCAAAUUCAGUUUCAACUCCUUCAAAACCCAUGUACCAAAAAGUGAGCCAGAGCCACCCGAAUUUCCUCGCUUCAAAUAUUUCUAAAAGCGUGGGAAUGGAUUCGAAAACGAAACCCAAGAGCAGAGGGGUGUCACCUCUUGUGAGGUCCACUAUUCCAGCUCAAAUGCCUGGGUUUUCUCUUGAAACACCACCUAAUCUGAUAACAGACCGAUCAACUUCUGCCUCACGGGGUCGGUCUGGGUCUGGGAAUCAGUCUCUCUCAAAUCGCCAAACCUUUGAAUUCAGUGCCAACGCCAGGAGGCAAUCGUGCUCACCAAGCGUGGCGAGGGGUCGGAAAGUGGAACCAAAGCAAGAGGGUGAUGGGAAUUUGACUGCUCAGAAAGGGAGAAUUCAAACAGGAAAUGGAACACAGAUUUUAGGCAGCAGGAUGGUGGACAAGUUUAUGAAUGCUAGAAAGUCGAGCAUUGAAGAAAGAGCGACAAAGCUGAGAUUGAAUAGUUCGAUUAAUGAGAGCUCGGGUUUUGGAAGGAUGAUGCAAAAGAGUUCAUUGGAUAAGGCUCUCAAACAUACGGAAACUAAAAGAGACUCGGCCAAUUUUCGUCAAUCUGGCACUACAAUUGGAAGAAAGUCUACAACCAUCGGCAAAGCUCCAAGUUCAUAG